UCGGCGGGCGCGGCGCGUGGUCUCCGUGGAGACGGCGGCGCGGCCUGGCCAUGGAGCCGCGGCUCGUGGGGCCCGGGCCCUACCGCGCCACGCGCCUGUGGAACGAGAUAAUUGAGCUCUUUCGCUCGGGGAUGCCCUUGCGGAAGCAUCGGUGCCGCUUCAAGAGCUACGAGCGUUGUUUCAAAGCCUCGGAGGCCGUGGACUGGCUGCACGAACUGCUUGGCUGUAAUCAGAACUUCGGCCCCGAAGUCACUCGCAGUCAAACGGUUAAGCUGCUUAAAAAAUUCCUGAAAAAUCAUGUUAUUGAAGACAUUAAGGGAAGAUGGGGCAAAGAGGACUUUCAAGAUGAUGGCCACUUAUAUAGGUUUCCUCCUUCUUCACCACUGAAACCAUAUCCAAAGAAACCUUCGUGUACAAAGGAAGUAAUUAAAUUUCCAGAUUGGAAUGAACCUAUGAGUGGUGCUUCCCAAGAACACAUCCUGGUAAAAUCGGUCACAAUGAACUCUGAAAUGUGGUAUAAACGUCACAGUAUAGCUAUAGGAGAAGUGCCAGCAGGCAAGUUUAUGUAUCGCAGAGAGCUGACACAGGCAAAUAUAGAAGAGAUCUGGAAAUCCAUGACGUUGACACGCUUACAAAAGACUUUAGGUUUGGAUUCUCUGGAGGAAGUGCUAGACACAAAGCUUGUGAAUGCUAAGCAUAUUGUUCAAAAUGUGUACAGUGUCAAUAAGCAAGGCAUUGUCAUUUUAGAAGAUAAAUCAAAGGAAUUACCUCACUGGAUAUUGUCAGCAAUGAAAUGCCUAGCAAAUUGGCCGAGCUGCUCGGAUUUGAAGCAGCCUACGUAUUCAGGCUUUGAGAGAGAUGUCUUCAAAACUAUAGCAGACUACUUUGGCCAGAUGAAAGAGCCUCUUCUCACGUUCCAUCUUUUUGACGUUUUUGUCAGCGUGUUAGGUCUACUGCAAAAGCACAGCAAGGUCAUAGAAGCUCUUCAGAUUUCCUGUCUCCUGCUACCUCCAGAAAACCGGAAAAAACUGCAGCUAUUGGUGAGGAUGAUGGCAAGAAUUAGCUUUAACAAGGACUUGCCACCUCUUUCUGAAUCGGUGACAACCAGAACCUUGAUGGUUCAGGCGUUUUCUCGUUGUAUCCUCUGCUCAAAGGAUGAAAUAGACUUGGAUGAACUGCUUGCUGCUAAACUAGUGUCUUUUCUCAUGGACAAUUAUCAAGAAAUCCUAAACAUCCCUUCUUCCUUAAAAGCUUCUGUGGAGGAGCAUGUUGUACAUCUCCAAAGAGUCCAAAUAAAAUAUCCUGGAGCUGACACUGAUGCAACUUUUCCUGCUCCAUCAUUUUGUCACCAAAUCAGCACAGAUGAAUUUGAAUCCCAAAGGGCAAAUGGCUCUCAAGAACCACUGGUAGCUUUAUUGGAAGAAAUUGCAAUGAAUAAAGAAAUAUCUGUCAAAGACAAGAAGAAGAAACUCAAACAAUUUCAGAAAUCUUACCCUGAAGUGUAUAGAGUACGAUUUCCUACUCCUGAAGCUGAAGCAGUGCUAUUUCCAGAAAAAAAUAAACAGAAGCCACCGAUACUGAUGUGGGCCUUAAAAAAGCCUUUUCAACCCUUUCACAGAACCAGAAGCUUUCGGAUGUAAAUGGCUGGUAAUUCAGCAGCAAGCGGAAUCCAAGCAUAUUAUUGAUGGCUAUUCUGCAAAAGGAACAUGACUAGCAUGUAAUUACUCAAACUACUGGAGUAGUAGUUCUACUGCUGGCACAGUAGAAUAGAUCAAAAGAGGAGGCAAGUACUGAGGAGGUAGAAAUGUGAACCUUUUACAGUAUUAUUGUAAAUCAUUUUUAAUAGCUUUUUUUUGAGGGAAAAAAAGAGAUGGUUAAUCUGUGUGGAUGGUAACACAUUGACUGUUUUCCAACCAUCCUUUGAUGCUCUAAAUAUGUUUUUCUUGGACGUACUGUUAGUGUUUGGUAAAGAACAUGAUUCCCCUUGAAAGUAAGUCUUUUGUAUAAACUGGACUGUAUUUGUUCUCAUAUAAUUUGAGAAAGUAAUGUGUUGUAUAUGAAUAUGUAUGAAACACUGGAUUUUGUAGUUUGUUGUGUACUUGAUAGUGCUGUACUUGAUACAUAAGGCUCAUUUCAGGUAAGUGUGAAAACUUGUCCUAAUUUUCCUGUUUUAUGUGGUAGGUUACAGCUUGAGUCAACUCCUGCUGAAGUUUGAUUAACUCUUAUAGUUUGAACUCAAGUUCUUAAAGCCAUUACCGUACCUCUUACCAAGUAUUCC